AUGGCCCGCAGAGAGAGCCUGCAGUCCCUGGAGGAACAGCUCAAGUGCCCGGUGUGUCUGGAGGUGUUCGCAGAGCCGCUGAUGCUGCAGUGUGGCCACUCCUACUGCCGGGGCUGUGUGCGCUCCAUGACCAUGGACCCCCUGGGACAGCUGCAGUGCCCAGUCUGCCGCUGUGCCGUGGAUGGGGACAGCCCCCCGCCCAACGUCAGCCUGGCCAGGAUCGUGGACUCCCUGAGGGAGGUGAGCGGGGCAGGGCCUUCCAGGACGGAGAGCUGCCCUGAGCACCACAACCCCCUGAGUCUGUAUUGUGAGGAGGACCAGACCGUUAUCUGUGGGCUGUGUGGGAGCAUAGGGGCGCACCGCUGCCACAACAUCACCCCUGUCCACAGCGUGUACAGUCGCAUGAAGGAGGACAUAUCCUGUUUGAUGACAGAGUUCCAGUCACAGAAGAGGAAACUGGAGGAGCAGAUUUGUAAAAUGGCCUACAAUAAAUCUCGCAUUACAAACGAGUCGGACGUCCUGAAGUGGGUGAUCCGCAAGGAGUUUGGGGAGCUGCGGCGCUGCCUGGAGCUGGAGGAGGCUGGGUUCAUGCACAGGGUGGAGAGCGCAGCCGCAGGCCUCAUCUCCUCCAUCCAGAGCCAGGCGGACGACCUCACACACACCCAUGCCAAGUUCCAGGAGGCCGAGGGCACCCUGGAGGCCCUGAGCAACGAGAGUCACCUGGACUUCAUCGUGAAAUACGGCUCGAUUGCUCCAAGAUUCAAAGAAUGUCAACAAAAACAACAGAGAGAAGAGAAGAUCUACAGUUCCAUCAACUUCAAACCAGGGUUCAAUCACAGCGAUAUCAAGAUGUCAGUGUGGAAGAGAUUACACCGGAGGGUUCUGCCUGCCCCCGUGUGUCUCAAACUGGAUCCCCAGACAGCUCACCCCAUGCUGGAGCUCAGCCAAGGAGACACCAUGGUGGAGUGUGGAGCCCUCCUGAAGAGGCUGGCCAACAACCCUGAGCGCUUCAGCUACAGCUACUGCGUCCUGGCCAGCAGAGGCUUCUCCUCAGGGAAGCACUACUGGGAGGUCGUUGUCGGGGAGAAGCCAAAGUGGCGCCUGGGCCUGAUCAAGGGUACCGCCAACAGGAAGGGGAAGCUGCCUAAGAGCCCUGAAAGUGGUGUGUGGCUGAUAGGUCUGAAGGAAGGGCGCGUGUACGAGGCCUUCAGCACCCCCCGCGUCACCUUACCUCUCUCCACCCAGCCUGCCAGGAUCGGGAUGUUCCUGGAUUACGAGGGUGGAUCGCUGACGUUCUACAAUGCUGACAGUCCUGACGAGCUCGGGGUGAUCUACACCUUCCGCAGUGAGCUGCAGGGUAAGGUCUACCCGCUGUUCGAUGUUUGCUGGCAUGAGAGAGGAGCCAAUAAACAACCUGUCUCUCUGCCUCAGACCGACAGUGACAGAUGA